CAAAAUCCGUCAUCAGGUCAUGUAUAUAUCUUGUUGUUGUAUUUUUUGUUCUCAUCUUAUAUAUUUUUAUAAAUUGACUUUCUUGUUCAUGGUUUAUGUGUAGUAUGGCAAACAGUGGUGGAAGUAACAGCUCCGAUCUCGGAAGAGGCCGUGGAAGAGGUCGAACUUCGCAGAGCCGGUCUCGUCAUGAAGAAUCACCUAGGACCUCGACCGGCUUGCAUUCAACACAAGGUGUUUUCAAUCGGCGGCCAUCUCUAGACGUUACCUCCCCGAACAGAAGAAGAGAUGCCAAAGGUUCCAUAUCCCGUAAUGGCGACGAAUAUUCCAUUUCCCGUGAUGCAGCAGUGCCUAACGUGAACAACCCGUUGAUUAUACACCAAAUGAUAUGGUUUGGUUAGUAACCUAAACGCCAACCCCGACUCAACGUGCCGGCUCGACGCAACCGGCCCCGAC